UGGAGCGUCUUUAUAACUUGCAUGACAACAUUUAUCAUGGCAGAAAUAUGGCGAGUGAUGGAGUAAAGGAUAAUAAUGGCGUGAUUGGAUGAAACUUUGUAGCAAAUGGCGAUCUGUUCCAAAAUCAUUUUGUGAUGAGAGGCUGAUCAAUUUUCCUUAUAUUUCAUAAUUUUGAAACUAUGUGUUGUGUUAUAAGAAAUGUAAUUUCUUCUUUUUGACUUUGACUAUACCUAUGUUUCAAUUGAAUAUUCAAUUCAAGGUUUGCUUUACUUAAAGAACUGUUAAUUAGAGAGUAGUAGAGGAGGCAAUAAAUAAAAAGAGAUUAGAGGGUGUGGUCCCACAAUGCAACAGUAAUUCAUGCGCAUGCGUCAUUCUGCACUUCUUUUCAUAUGUUCUCACAUGAGAGAGCGUGGAUAGUGAAAGCAUAUUUUUAUAAAACUUAGCCAUUUUAGUACUCUCCUUCGAUUUGAAAUUAGCACAGUGCAAGCGUUUUAUUAAAGUAUUUUGAAGAAAGAUCCAGGACCAGAGUUGUUUUAAGAAUGUCUCAAAAGUCAAAGCUCUUUGUCGGGGGACUUAGCCAAAAUGUCACCCAAGAUACGCUUUACGAAACCUUUGAUAAAUACGGUAAAAUCGACGACGCAUGCAUUGUUAUGGAUAAGGAAUCUGGGAAUUCCAGGGGAUUUGGUUAUGUUACGUUUGCUGAUUCUACUGAUGCUGAAGCUGCAAAAACAGGUUUACAAGGAUGGGCAAUUGAUGGUAAAGAAAUUAAUAUAGAAUAUGCCAAUCCUAAAGAUCCUAACAGAGAGGCUGCAAAAAGGAACAACAGAUUUGGAGGCGGUGGGGGCUAUGGUCGGGGAGGAGGAGGUUAUGGACGUGGUGGAGGUGGUGGCGGUUAUGGUCGAGGUGGUGGUGGUGGUGGUGGUGGUGGUCGAGGUGGCCCUAGAGGUGGUCGAGGAGGACCAAGAGGUGGACGUGGUGGACCACCUAGAGGUAGAGGUGGUCCUAGGUAGAGGUGGUCCUGAUAGACGAGGGCCACCUCCUCGUGGAUAUGAUGGCUAUGGAGAUGACAGAGGAUAUGGAGGUCGAGAUGGAUACAAUGAUGGAUAUGGAGGGGGCUAUGAUAGGCGUGAUAAUUAUGGUGAAAGGGACAGAUCAUAUGGAGGUGGUGGAUAUGGCAGUAGUGGUGGAUACGGAAGUAGUGGUGGAUAUGGAAGUAGUGGUGGAUAUGGAAAUAGUGGUGGGUAUGGUAGUGGUGGAUAUGGCAGUGGUGGUGGAUAUAGUGGUGGCGAUGGUUAUAGUGGAGGUUAUGGUGGGGAUAAAUAUCAGAGAAAUGAUCCAGGCUAUGGUGGUGGCAGUGAUGGAUAUGGAGGUGGAUCAGACAGAUAUGGUGGACCUCCAUCUGGUGGGCAAGCUCCUUCAAGAUCUUACGGAGCUGGACAAGGCCGUGAUUGGUGAAAGGUGCCGUGGUUACUUCAGAUAUCCAAACAAAAAACAUGCUUUGAAUUGUCGUGUAUUAUAGUAACUGUAUCAUUUGUCAUCCGAAAGCAAGAUAUUUCCAUCGUCUUCUGCUUGACAUUGCUCUUAGUCGUAAAUAUUCCGUAAUGGUACAUUAUCCGGGACAAUUAGCAAAGUAUUCGGUUUAUGUUUUAAUAAAAUAUCAUUUUAAACUUGA